CUCGCUCGGGCUCGUGGUCGCGCUCGCGCCGCAGGGAGAUGGCUCAGCGUAUGGUCCUCAGGAGAUUCCUGGCCCCCAUCUUCUCCAGGAAGCUCCCUCAGUGUCACCAGGCACCUCUUCCUCCUGAGCUUCUAGCCCAGGGCAGCCCUCGUAGACCCGCUGCUGCACCCAGUCUGGCCCGGGCAUUCUCUACCACCAAGAUCUCCAACGUUACCUUUAACGUCCAGGAUGGGCCUGACUUUCAGGACAGAGUUGUCAACAGUGAGACACCAGUAGUUGUGGAUUUCCAUGCACAGUGGUGUGGCCCCUGCAAGAUCUUGGGGCCCCGGUUAGAGAAAAUGGUGGCAAAGCAGGAGGGGAAGGUGCUGAUGGCCAAGGUGGACAUUGACGACAACACAGACCUCGCCAUUGAGUAUGAGGUUUCUGCUGUGCCAACUGUGCUGGCUAUCAAGAAUGGGGAUGUGGUGGACAAGUUUGUGGGCAUCAAAGAUGAAGACCAGCUGAUUGGCUACUGA